GCUGCAGACUGCGGUUCGAUGGCGCCCUCUGCAGGCCAACUUCUGAAUUACAUCUGCGGGAGAGAGAGCUCCGUGUCCCUCCCGUUCGUUCUCUCCAGCGCCGCUUUGCUGUCCGUUCUGCUGCUGCUCUUCUGCUCUUUCUUCAAGAAAAUAAAAACACUAGAUUUCACUGAGAAUAAAAAGCGAAGUGAAGGCUCGGUUCCCACUGCGGUGGCUGUAAAGAUGAACGUUCCAACAGAGCAGAGGAAUAGAGCACAAAAUGAAGAUACAGAAGGAGAUCCGAAGCAGAAAACCGGAUCCAAGGGUGUGGAGAACGUCGAUGGCUUCCGGCAAAGCAAACUAAGUAAUAAUAAAUCUCCGGACAUAAAAGACAGAGCUCUCCCGUUACCACCGCAGAGCGACGCCGCCGGAGAGGGCCAAUCCAGUGGCAGCAGCGCCGACGACCCGUUGUAUGACUUUAUAAGCGAAGAGGAACCAUCGGUUUCACAGCUACAGUCGCCAGAGCCGUGCCACAAUAACGUUCUCCCCGGGGGAGAGGAUGAAGACGACGCGCACGAAGCUGAAGACACGAGCGCGGCCCCCGUUUAUUCCGUAAUUCAGAAGAACAAGACGGUAAAAGCAAAGCAGGGGGGCGCACGAAGCAGCUUGAACGCUCCGACCAAAGAACAUACGUUGUGUCAACAGGUAGAUGAUGGUCAGCUUGGUAGAUCUGAGACAAAGGAUGCGACACAAGCCAAGGGAGGUCCACCUGUGUCCAAGAAGGCAUCAAAUCCUUUGCAGAUCUUAGACAAGGUAUCGAUGAUGUACAACAAAGCCAAGUGGAAGACCUCUCCGGGCCAACCCCGGCAACCCUCUGCAAGAUCUUCCGCCAGCGACAAAGCCGAAGAACCGCCGCCUCUCCCAGACAGGGCGUUUGAUCCGGAGGAGGAACUUCAGUAG